CGCGCGGCGGAGCGCGUUCGCGUUCGCGCGCUUAGAUUUGACUGCGGCAAAAGAAGCGCGGCGGGGACGGGAGGGGGGAUGAUCGGCGUCAGCGGGGGGACGGACGCCGAGACGCGAACGAAACACGUGCGAACCGCGCGACGUCGAGAGAGAUCGAUCCGACGUCUCGCGCGAAGAAGGAAGCGCGCGGCGUCCUCAAAGGGACGAUCGCGGAGAUGGACGCGGACGGGCGCGUCGUCCGGGAAGGGACGCACCGGCCACGGGGGCGCGCGCGGAGGCGGCGAGGUUCAUGACAGCGCUCAUCGUGAGGUCGCGCUCGUCGCAGUGUCGACGCGCGGACGCCAGGGAUGAUGACGGGGUUCGCGUGCUGCGUGGAUAGACGAUUUCUGUUCGAGCGUUUUGAUUGGCUGAGACCGGGCAGUGAGCAAACAGUCACUGAGGAGUACGAUCGCCGCGUAGUACGGUCAUCACAGCCGUGCCUUUUCCACGGUCCCGCAGCACGAAUCCCCUGCAUAACACUCAUCGUCCACGCCCAGCGCGACCGACAUGGCGUCCACGGCGACGGUCGCGGGCAUCACGCCGCCCGCGAUCGCGUCGCGCGUCGCGGGCAGAGCGACGACGAGCCGCCGAGCGACGAUCGCGGUUCGAGCGACGACGCGAGGCGACGCGAGGCGCGGCGUCGUCGUCGCGGCGCCGGGGGCGAUCAUCACCGCGAGGAUGAUGCGCGGGGAGAACGACGACGACCGAGCGCGUUCGGCGGGAGGGUCGGGGAGAGGCGGCGGCGCGCGUCCGACGACGUCUCGCGCGACCUCUCGGCAUCGCGCCGCCGCGGCCGCGGGCGACGCGCUCGCGGCGGCGUCGAGCGGCGACGACGCCGACGCGCCGAAAGGGGAGACGAGGCGCGUGCCGUGGGACAAGGAGCCGUCGAAACCGCUCGCGGAGACGCUCGAAGCCGCGGGCGAUAA